AUGGAGAAUUACAACUGGACAUCAACUGAUUUCAUCUUACUAGGGUUGUUACCACCAUCAAGGAUCGGCCUCUUCCUUUUCAUUAUCAUCAUUCUCAUUUUCCUACUGGCUCUGAUUAGCAACCUGUCUAUGAUCUUCCUCAUCUUUGUGGAUGCCCAUCUCCACAAGCCCAUGUAUUUCUUACUUAAUCAGCUCUCCUUCGUAGACUUGAAUUAUGUAUCCACCAUUGUCCCCAAGAUGGCUUCUGACUUUCUGUUUGGAAACAAAACAAUCUCCUUCUUUGGAUGUGGAGUUCAGAGUUUCUUCUUUUUAACUUUGGCAGGUGCAGAAGCACUUCUAUUAGCAUCCAUGGCCUAUGACCGUUAUAUAGCCAUUUGCUUUCCUCUUCACUAUCAUGUUCAUAUGACCAAAAGUGUGUGUGUGCUGAUGAUUACAGUGUCUUGGAUAAUGGGGUCUAUCAACUCUUGUGCCCACACAGUAUAUGCACUCCAUAUCCCCUAUUGCCAAUCCAGGGCAAUCAAUCAUUUCUUCUGUGAUGUUCCAGCCAUGUUGACUCUGGCUUGCAUGGACACUUGGGUAUACGAGUACACGGUGUUUGUGAGUACAAUCUUGUUUCUUGUGUUUCCUUUCAUUGGCAUUGCUUGUUCCUAUGGCCGAGUUCUCCUUGCUGUCUACCAAAUACCCUCAUCAGAAGGGAGAAAGAAGGCCUAUUCAACCUGCAGUACCCACCUCACUGUGGUGACUUUCUACUAUGCACCCUUUGCUUUCACCUAUUUAUGCCCAAGUUCCUUCCGGUCUCCAACAGAAGAUAAGAUUCUUGCCGUUUUCUACACCAUCAUCACCCCUAUGCUCAAUCCAGUAAUCUAUAGCCUAAGGAACCAAGAGGUGACAGGAGCUUUAAAGAGAAUCAUUCAGAGAAUCUUCUUUGUGAAAAUGUAG